CGUGUUCCCAGAAACGGACAAGAGGAGGAGGAUGGACUCCCACUUCCUCCCCGAAUGCCUUUAAAGCAACCCAGCUGCGUGACUUGCUAAGUUGAAGCUCCAGCAUGCCGUCCGACAAGACGCUUGUGGCCUGGGGGGUCAUUUUUGGAGGGCUCCUCUCACUCGGGGAGGGCAUCAUCGGGGGCAGGGAGGCGGCGGCCCACUCUCGGCCCUACAUGGCGUCCAUCCAGGUGGCCGAGGGAGACGGGAUGAAGCACGAGUGCGGAGGCUUUGUGGUCGCCGACCGGUGGGUGAUGACGGCCGUACACUGUCUGCCCACGGGCGCAAAUGGCAGGAAGGUUGUUCUGGGCGUUCAUUCACUGAGUCAAGCCGAGGAUACCAAGCAGAUAUUUGACAUCAUGGAGCUCCACAAUCACCCUCAAUUUAAUCCCGACAACUACGACAACGACAUCGCUCUCCUUAAACUGGAUCGCCCGUUCAACGCCUCCGAGGCGGUCAAGGCGGUGGCCUUCCUGCGAGCCGGCGGCGUCAACCCCGACACGGACUCAGAGGUGGAGACGGCCGGUUGGGGUUCCGUGGACAACCUGGGCUCCAGACCCGACACGCUGAAGGAGGCGGUCAUCCGGGUGGUGAGCUCGAACCGAUGCGGACGAAGCGACUACUUUGGCAGGAAGUUCACCGCCAACAUGAUCUGCGCCCACAAGCUGUGCCCGGACCCUUGUGACCAGCCGCACAAGAUGGAGGACUCCUGUGAUGGCGACUCCGGUGGUCCCCUUCUCUACAAAGGCGUGGUGGUGGGCAUCACGUCCAAUGGAGGGAAAAAGUGCGGCCAGAUCAAGAAACCAGGCAUCUACACCAUCAUCUCGCACUACAGCCAGUGGAUCGACGGCGUCAUGGGCAUUCAACCCGACGCUUGAGGAUACUGAUGCGAAAUGUGACGACGCAAUGCUAAAACUUACAUAAUCAGCAACAGAAGCCGAGAAAAAAAAAAGCACAGCAA